AAAACGUACGACUUGUCAUAAAAAGUCAACAAAAAAAAAUCAAAACAAAACCACGAUGUUGGAUAGCUCCGAUGAAGAAUCAGGAGGAUUUAAGAUAAAUGAAGCAUAUGCCUCCAAGUACAAUGAAUGGAGGAGAAGAGAAGAACUUCAGAAGCUAAGAGAUCGGUAUGGUGUGGACGCUGAGAAGGAGGAAGAAGAUUCUAGUUCUUCUGAAUCAGAAGAUGAAGAUGCAGAGGCACUUACUCCACAACUAGAAGAGGAUUGGUUAAAAACUUUGGCAGCUCUGAAAAGCAAAGACCCUAGAAUAUAUGAUAAAAGUGUGAAGUUUUAUCACAGUGAUGAAGGGAGUAGCAAUUCAAGUUCAGAAAGGCCAGGGCCAAGUAAAAAGAAAGAUAAACCAGUCUAUCUCAAGGACUACCAUAGAAAGGUUAUUCUGGAAAAGGAUGGUAAAAUAAGCGAGGAGGAUAGUGAUGACCUCGAGGAAGAGGUCAAUCAUGAGCCAGGUUAUUAUGAAGAACAGGAAGAGAUCAAAAAGAGUUUUAAAGCAAAACUAGCACAGGAGUCUGACUCAGAAGAAGAACUUUUUACAACAAGAUCAAAGACGAAGGAACAAGAGGAGGAGGAAGAGAGAGAUUACAUCAAGUGGUUGAAGGAUCAGAAGGAAUUGGAAGAGACAGAUCCUGUAGGAGUAGAACUGGCUUCCUUAAAAAGUUACUGGAAUAAUCCAAAACUUAAUGCAAAUGAAAAAUUUCUGAGAGAUCUGAUACUGAAUAAAGGAUACAUUGAUAAAGACAGCAAGAGGCUGCCAUCUUAUAACGAGAUAGUGGAUGAUGGAGAAGGGUUUUCUGAGGAAGAGGAGAUGCUAGAAAGAGAAGACCACUUUGAAAGAAAGUAUAACUUCAGAUUUGAAGAGCCAGACCCUGAUUUCAUCAAAUCGUACCCUCGAACAGUGAAAGAUUCCCUACGUCAGACAAGCUCUAAGAGGGCAGAUAAGCGACAAGAAGUAAAGAAACGAAAGGAAAUGGAAAAGAAAAAAGUGAAAGAAGAGAUCAAACAGCUUAAAAAUAUGAAGCGAAGGGAAAUCAUGGAUAAGAUUGAUAAAUUAAGGGAAAUAACAGGAGAUCCAGCUUUAGAAUUUCAGGAGAAGGAUUUAGAAACAGACUUUGAUCCACAGAAACAUGACGAAAUGAUGAAGAAAUACUUCAAUGAUGAUUUUUAUGAAAUGGAUGAGGGAGAUCAGAAGCCAGAGGCUCCAGCAGAUAUUGAGGAUUUACAGUGUGAGAACUGGGAUGAAUGGGCUGGUGGAGAGACUGAGGAGCAGAAUGAGGAGGGUUAUGAGGGGGAUUAUCAGGGGGGUUAUGAGCCACAUGCUGACGAUCCAGACUUCUGUAUGGAUGAUGAUUAUGACCCUACUGCAGUUGUCAGCAAGAAAAAGAACAAGAAGAAAAGAUCCAAAUUUGCUCAAGCUGUAACAAGCUCCAAACCAACAUUUGAUCCUAAUGAAAAGACAUUUGAGGAGUACUUUGAGGAGUACUAUAAGCUUGACUAUGAGGACAUUGUAGCAGGCCAGCCCUGUCGAUUCCGAUACAGACGAGUCACACCAAACAGUUAUGGCCUCGGAACGGAAGAAAUUCUAAAAUGCAGAGACAAAGAAUUAAAUGCAUGGGUGUCAGUGAAGAAAAUGAGUCAAUACAGAACUACGGAUGAGGAGGAGAGAGAGGUGAAGAUCUUUGAAAGUAAAGGCAAAAACGAACGAAAAAAGAAAAAUAUUCUACUGUCAUUGAAAGAAGAAGCUGAAGAAAAACAAGCAAAGAAAGAAAAAGAUAUUUCAAUGAAAAACACAUCUGAAAAGUCAAAGAAAAGAAAAUUCUCCCAAAAUGAUGUGACAGAGAAAGAAGGGCAAGUGAAAAAGUCAAAGAAGGAAGAAACAAAAGCUAGCAGCAAUAAAACACAGGAGGUUUCUUCAAAGAAAUCAGACAGUGGAAACUUGUUGUCUCUGAAAAAAGCAAAAACAGAUAAACCUGACAAUGAAAGUGAUGAAAAAGAUAUGAAUGAUGUUAAUUUGAAAGCUAAAUCGGCAGUCCAGAGCAGAGAAGGUAAAAUUCAGGGAAGUGAAAUAGGACUUAGUAAGAAACAAAAGAAGAAGAAUAGGAGAAAGGCUGAUGCAGUGGAGAAGAGUUCACCUGUGAAGGAAGUUUCCAAUAAUGACCAAGGGGACAGGUUAUCAAGAGGGGUUCAUGAUGAGGGGGAUAAGAAGUCUGGCCCAGGGAAAUCACGGGAAACCCAAGGUGUGAGUCAAAGUCAGCGGGAAGAGGGAAAAGGCAAAGGCAAAAAGAAGAGGAAAAAGAAAAAGAAGAAGAAAGAGGGACCACCCAAACUCUCCAGUGAAAGACUUCUGGCAUUUGGAAUCAAUCCAAAGAAAGUAAAAUAUAUGAACAUUAACAAUUUUAAAGAACAGACUGAAGGCUGAAAAUGUUAUAUCUUGACAUUGACUUGUACAUGCAAUAUGAAAAACAAAAGGCUGGAUCUGAAUCGGCCUUCUAAUAUUCACCAUUGUAUAUCCUGAUCGACAAACUAUGUGGGUUUAUGACGGAUUUGUAUGUAUCUUUUUGGGUAAACAAGAACUUGUGCAUAAAAUACAGUAAUGAGUCACCUUA